UUUCAUACAAACAACAAUCCUUACCACCUCAAUUUCUCCUCCUCCAUCCAAAUCCAUCCAUAGCCAUGGCUGCCCAAGCUGCCCUCUUCACCCUCUCCACCCCCUGGACCAAGAAGACCCCCCAAUUCUCCACCCCCCGCCCUUCCCGUACGGCGGCGCCGCCGCGCCCAAUCCGGGCCAUGGCCGACGAAGCCCCGGCGGCGACGGCGCCGGCGGGGUUCUCGCCGCCGCAGCUGGACCCGUCGACGCCGUCGCCGAUCUUCGCGGGCAGCACCGGCGGGCUGCUCCGGAAGGCCCAGGAGGAGGAGUUCUACGUGAUAACGUGGGAAUCUCCGAAGGAGCAGGUAUUCGAGAUGCCGACGGGCGGCGCCGCCAUAAUGAGGGAGGGUCCGAACCUGCUGAAGCUUGCCCGGAAAGAGCAGUGCUUGGCGUUGGGGACGAGGCUGAGGUCAAAGUACAAGAUUAAGUACCAGUUUUAUAGGGUUUUCCCCAACGGGGAGGUGCAGUACCUACACCCUAAGGAUGGGGUCUACCCUGAGAAAGUCAACGACGGUCGGACCGGCGUCGGAGUCAACUUGAGGUCAAUCGGGAAGAAUGCUAGCCCCAUUGAGGUCAAGUUUACGGGCAAGCAGGUCUAUGAUUUGUGAAGUAUUGUCUCUUUCUUUCUUUCUUGAAUUUCUAUGAUCAUCUGUAAUAUGAUUAUAUAAAUAUAUAUAUAUAUAUUGUGAUUAUUAUUAUUA